GUCUUCCUUACUCUCCAAAAGAAGACAUCUCAAAAGCACUUUCAUUUCAACCACCUGUUCCAAAGUCACUCUCACUUGUAACUCAAACGACAGCCGGCCCUAAGAAAGCCAUGCAGUACGUGUCCAGUUCCGUUGGUGUUGUUGCUGGUGUCUUUGCAGUAAUAUUGGCUGGUUUUUUUUAUAAAAGAUUUACCAGAAACUGUUUACAACACAGAGGAUCCAGAUAUGACCAUUCAUCUGACGAUCCUGGGCCUGAAAAUUAUGAUUACGAUGUAUUCAUAAUGUUUAAUGGUUGUGACUCUAAGUGGGUGGAAGAAAAGCUUCUACCGCUCCUUGAAGGAGAGUACAUGUUAAGAUGCCGAGUCCACUACAGAGACUUCCAAGCUGGUGGUAGUUUCUAUGAUCAGAUGUCAGAUAGCAUUCACAAAAGUUAUAAAAAUGUAGUUGUUUACUCGAUGAAAUUUUUGAACAGUUGUUUUUGCGCGUAUGAAUUAAAUCAAGCGAAGCAAAGACUUCUCAGCAGAAAUGACGACAGUUUGGUUAUCAUAAGAAUUGAUGGCGCAGAUUUAGGACUGCUACCCGAAGGUUUGCGAGGAAGAAGUGUGAUCGACUAUGGCAGUAAUCGUGAAAGACCCCAUUGGAAAAGAAAGCUCCUUGUAUUCCUCGGGGUUCCUCACAAAUACUGCCAUCUGACAAGCACAAAAAACAAUAAUACCCAAGUAUCCCUGUUAGAACUAGACAACGGAGAUGUUAUGGAGAAUUGACGCGCAACCUGUUCAAGGACCAAAACCUUAAUUUUUAUAGUGGUGAGUCAUAGCCUGGCUUUUAUUGAAAAGUGAUGAUAUUGAAAAUGAUGAUAAUCAUAAUUAAAACCAAGUGAGAAUAUUCGACGGUACUGCAAUUUUUAUCUAUAGUCAAUUGAUUCAAAUCGCAUCGAUGACGUUCUUUUCACGUAACGUGUAAAAACAAAGUAAAUGGAUACAACAAAAAAAAACGGAUAAGGGCACGAGUCAUGCCGAUACAUGUCUUUAAAAAUUAUUACUGUGAGUUUCAGAUUGAAAUCGAUUCCAUUAUUGACGUGAAGUUACGGAAUUAUCAUUGAAAUAAUUUAUAAUUAUCA